UACCACCACCACUCGUUUGGUUGGAUAUAAUAUGGCUUGAACUAGUAGUGCUUCAACAAAAGAUAAAACAAUGCCGACAUUGCCACACUACUUUCAUGCAUGCAAACAUGCAUGCUUCAACCAGAGAUGCAUCACCAUACAAUCCUCCGGCGGCAACUGGAAAGAAAGGCCUCUGGCAGACCAAUUUGCACCGCUAGAGUCCGGCUUUAGGCGGCGGCUUCUUGUUGGUUUAGGGUCAGCUUCGUUGGUUGUCCUUGGUGCCAAUUUUGUGGGAACCACAAGUUUUCUUCUGGGGUUGUCGCCAGAAAGUAGUAGGAGUCUCAAGCUGGAUGUGCUUUAUCCAAUAGGAGGGUACAGCAGGUGCAUUGACACAAAUGAAGGAUUUGAAUUUAUAUACCCAGCAAGUUGGGUUGGAGAUCAAACACUAUUAUAUCGAGCAGCUGAGAAAAAGGAAUUUGAAAGAUCACUUGACCCUCCUCCUUUGAACAUUAAUACCAAAUCCAGGGCUAAUACUGGACGCCGUGGAAAUGUUAGUGAACCUGUCGUUGCAUUCGGCCCGCCGGCCACUACCGGCGAACUCAACGUUAGUGUCAUUGUGUCCCCAGUUCCUCUUGAUUUCAAAAUUGAAGCAUUCGGAGGACCAAAAGAGGUAGGGGAAGCUGUGGUUAGGACUGUCACGGGAUCUGGCAAGCGCCCUGAUGUGAAGGGAACUUUGAUAAGAACAAAUUUGAGAGAAGAUAGUUUAAGAAAUAUCAAGUACUAUGAGCUUGAAUUCAGAGUUGAGAGCCCCUUGUUUCAUCGGCAUAACAUCGCAGUCUGCUGUGCUCGUGGUGGUCGGUUAUUUACUCUUAAUGCUCAGGCACCGGAAUCAGCAUGGCCAGAGGUGAAGUCCGACUUCCAUAGAAUCGCAGAAUCAUUUAGUCUCACCCCUUGAGAUCAAAGGCCGGCCUAUAAGAAGGUUUUGGUUCUGGGUGUACUUUAGUUUUGUACAAUGAUACAGAGACGAUUGGAAUAUCAAGAUACAAAAAGAAACGUCUGAAACCAAUCAAAUGCCUUAAGAGCAUAAUUUGCUAUUGCUUUUUCA